AUGUCCUUCCUCGGUGGCGCAGAAUGCUCGACGGGCGCCAACCCGCUCAGCCAGUUUACUAAGCAUGUACAAGAUGACAAGUCUCUGCAGCGAGAUCGCCUGGUCGGGCGCGGGCCUGGGGGCAUGCAAGAGGGCAUGCGAAGCCAGCAGAUGGGCGGCCCUUCGGACGGCAUGAUGAACGAGUUCAUGAACCAGAAUAUGCAGCUCCCGCAAGGGCCCGGACCUGCAUCGCCUUUCGCCAUGGAGCAGAUGCGCAGAGAGCUGGAGCGAGUGCAGCAAAGCGGAUCGCCCGCUUGGGCAGCAGAGUUCGAUCCGGGCAUGCAGGCGCCCCAAAUGGGCCCAGCUAUGCAAGAAAGACCUGCAGGCUUCAACCCUGCCGAGUUCGCAAAGUUCCAGCAAAUGAACCCCACGGCCCAGAACGCAAACGCCACAACCGCCUCGCAACCUUCCAUGACGGGAUACCAGCAGCCCAUGUACGGCAUGGGCAUGGGGAUGGGCGGUAUGGGGAUGGGCAUGGGUAUGGGCAUGAUGCAGCAACCAUUUGCACCACAAAACUUCCAGCAGCCCAUGCAAGACUCGGGCAAGGGCAAAGGACGUAUGGUCGAGCUCGACGACCAUGACUGGGAGGCUCAGUUUGCUCAGCUGGAACAGACCGACCAACAGAAUCUGGAAGCACUUGAUGAAGAAGCCAACAAGGCUAUGGAGGCUGAGCUUAACGAAAUGGACAGGUCAGUAGAGAAAGACGCCGUUGACUUCGACGAUUUCGAGUCCAUUUGGAAGGGAAUCCAAGCUGAGACUGAACACGCUAGACAACUUGCCAACGAGGAGAGAUUCGUUGAAGGACACAUAGGCGAACUCGAUCAGUGGGAGGGCUUUGACGGACUGAACACACAUCCAGUUCGCGAUCCUAGCAUGGGCGACUACCUGUUUGAGCAGGAGAACCUUUUCAAGAACGUUACAAACCCGUUUGAGGAGGGAGUCAAAAUCAUGGAAGAAGGUGGCAACUUGUCUUUGGCCGCACUGGCAUUCGAGGCAGCUGUCCAGAAGGAUCCAAACCACAUUGCAGCUUGGGUGAGAUUGGGCGAGGCACAAGCACAGAACGAGAAAGAAACACCUGCUAUCCGGGCGCUGGAACAUGCAUUGAAACAGGACCCCUCGAACCUAGAGGCCUUGAUGGGCCUAGCCGUAUCGUACACAAACGAAGGCUACGAGAGCACCGCAUACAGGACCCUGGAACGCUGGCUAGCAACAAAGUAUCCCUCGCUGAUCAAGGAACCGCUCUCCUCCGACGCCGAAUUGGGCUUCACGGACCGCCACUUACUCCACGAGAAGGUGACCAAUCUGUUCAUUCAAGCUGCACAAUUGUCACCUACUGGCGAGCAAAUGGACCCGGAUGUACAGGUCGGUUUGGGCGUCUUGUUCUACGGCGUUGAAGAGUACGACAAGGCGGUUGAUUGUUUCGGCGCCGCACUCGCAUCCACAGAAUCGGGUGUCUCGAACUCCUCAUCACAGGUCCAUCUCCUCUGGAACCGUCUCGGUGCCACCCUGGCAAACUCUGGACGAAGCGAAGAGGCCAUCGAUGCGUAUUCGCGUGCCCUCGCCCUCCGUCCAAACUUUGUACGUGCUCGCUACAACCUGGGCGUGUCAUGUAUCAACAUUGGCUGCUACCACGAGGCAGCCCAGCACCUGCUCGGCGCUCUGGCCAUGCACAAGGUGGUAGAGCGCGAAGGCAAAGAAAAGGCGAGGGAAGUCGUCGGCGAAGGCGUAUCCGACAGCCAGCUGGACAACAUGAUCCACCAGAACCAGAGCACAAACCUCUACGACACACUACGGCGAGUCUUUGGUCAAAUGGGCAGAAGAGACUUGUCAGACAUUGUCGGGCCCGGCAUGGACGUCGACCGUUUUCGCGGCGAGUUUGAGUUUUGA